AUGAAGGCGAGGGACAGAAGAGUCGUGGUGGUCGUAUCGCUGUGGCAAUGCCUGCGAGCGGUUCUCCUUUCGUUGUUUUACUGCCUUCGCUCUGGGAAAACAAAUGCCCCGGUCGUUUCGUCUUCACCACCAUCUCCUGCGGAACCUGCUCUCUCUGAGUCUCCAACCCAGCGACUCGAGACGAGUCCUUCGCGAACCUCAUUUUUACUUCCCCCUCUUGUCUCCAACGUGCUUGACGGUGAACGUGAUGGGGCCUUCCCGUUCUCCAUUUCGAUCCCGGCGCUUCAGCUCGUUUCGGCGUCGUUUUCCUCCCACGAAAGAGUUGCGGCGGAGGCUCCGAUCGUCGAGAACGACCGCAUCCGUCCUCUUGAGGCCCUGCUGGCGCAUGACCCCGCUUACUUUCGCUUGCGCGCGCAGGCAGAAGAGAAGCGGAGAGCUGAAGAGAAAAAGAGGGAAGAAAGAAAAAGAAAGGAGAAGGAAGAAUAUGAGGCGGCAGCGCCACCCAUGUUCAAUCUGGACUGGUCAGGGGGUCGGUUGGACCUGGACGCAAUCAUCGCGGACGACGCAAAGCGGGGGGCCUCUUGGGCGACAAAGGUCCUCUCUGGGGACGUCCACAAGCUUCUUGCAAAAGAAGCAGUUGAACUGCGUUCUCGAAUUCAGUUUGCGUGCAACAGUUACCUCCAAGACCUCUUUCGAACGGCCAGGCCUGCAGGCGGCUUUCGUCUCCCCGGUACAGGAGGAGACCCUUAUUGGCAGAUGCCGGCCGUACGGGCGUUCAUGUAUCAGCAACUCACACGCGAGCGCAUCAAGCUGUCCAUUCCGGACUCAGUGCUACAGAAAUAUGUGUUUCGGAGCGAGCAGCUGCCAUGGAACGCGAGCGAGAAAUCGAAAACAACACACCAACCGAGGCAAGAGGCGAAUCCAAGAAGGGGGAGCACGCUUCGCCACGAGAUGCGCGAGAGAGAGGAUUUGUAG